AACCGCUAAGAAACAUUUCAAGGGGGCAAAGAUAAGAUCCACCACGGUCUGUAUGCGCAGAAAGGAAUACAUUAUGGAAUAUAAUCAGAGCUACAGGAAGUGGUUAUCUCUAAGAUGAUGGAGGAUAAGAGUGGGGUUUGUCAUGUGAUGGAGGAGAAUCGGGUGGAUGUGCAGAUCAGACGAACCAAAACUGAGCAACAGCAGGCCAACAACAACGUCCCCAAAUGGUCAAAUGGUCAGUGUGUUGUGGCGAUGCCGAGCUGUUCGGUUCUGAGGCCGAGCUUUGAUCUGUCGCUGUGCCGGGCCCAACUGGAGACCGAUGGCUUUCAGAUUCCCGUCAUGGACAUGGAGGCUCCACUGAAGACCGCUCUGGACGUUCCCUCAGUCAGAAGAUACCUGGUUUUCAACUCUGCUCUCUUCCAUUUUGCGAUGGCACCGGUGCUGUAUGUAGUUGUGUGGUGCGGCGUGUUCACCACACUCCACCUCUAUAUCUCUGUCAGUGACUACUGGGUCCUCUGCCUCUCUGUCAGCCUCGUCUCCAUCUUCCUCACCAUUGCCAUCAUCUUCGUCCUCCAAUACAGUAACAAGGAAAUCAACAUGAACAUCGAUGUUCGGUUAAUCCAGGUCAACGAGAGGUUGGUGAAACACAAGCUGCUGGUGGCCGUGGCCGACUGGGUGCAGUCCUGCACCGGAAACAUGCAGUUGUACUUUGUGUUUUGGGACAUGUCCUGCUGUCUGAGGGCCCUGACUGAAACUUUAGAGGAGCAAAGUUUUGUGGAGGACGACACCCAGGACAAACUGAAGAGGAAACUGUCGCAUCUCGUUCUUGUGACCGAGGAUGCAGCUGUUGACCCAGAGGUCGGAGGGUCAGAUGAGGAACAGGACUCUAGUGAACAGAGGCCUCUGCUGAGACACGAGGACACUGAGUGCAGUACCUCAGCUAACAGGCCCGAGGGGGGCGCCAACGUCACCAACAACUACAGCCUCGUCCCCGACGCGUCCUUACCUGCUCAGGCUAAAGCCUACCAGCUUCUGGUGACCUACAGUGCCACUUAUGUGAGGCUGCUGCUGUCUGAGAGGCUGCCAAGACCCUCACACUACCCACAGAGGAAUCACUGCUCCACCGACCAUCUCUGCCUCUGCCAGUACAUCAGAAAGAAGAUCCUCCGAUGACAGGACAAGAGUCAAACAAGGAACUUUGAAGCAGCUGAUGACGCUGAAACUUCUUCUUUGCAUCCGUGCCCCUGAAAAGACGCGUAGGGACAUUUCCUCGUUGUGCAUUAUGUUGUCUUGAUCAAAUCAAGGACCCGUUUGGAGCGUCACACUCUUGAUUUGUGUCGGCGGGCUUCUGUGCUGCUGCCUUCACGCCAGCUCGGUGUUUGCACCGGCCAUUUGGACCGAAACCAUUUCUGCACUGUGCCAAACGCUGUCUGUUCCACCUGCUGUAAAACAAUAUUUGCACCCUGCACGCAGGACAAUCACAGCCUUAGUCACUGUUAACUGUUGAUCAUCUGCUCACAUACAACACAUUGAUAUUAAACUGGUGGUCUCAUAUAUUUUUGGUUUGUGACCCUUGACUCGGGGAAGUAAAGUUUUUCAUGUACCUUUACUUUUGAUUUUCUCCUCUUUUUGACUAGCGAAACCCAGUAUUUUUACUUUGUCAGAGUUUGACAGUGUUAGAAAGAUGUUUUAAAAAUAUGUCACAAUAUAAAAAAAUGUUCAAUGUAUGAAAAGAAAAUGCACUCUGCAGCUCAAUGAGAGGUGAUCGGUAAAUUGAUCUCAAACAACGUAUUCUAUUUCAUGAACCGAUUCUGUUUUGUAAAAUCUAAACCGGCAAAGUACAUAAUACAUAUAUUCGUAACAUAAAUAAGAAAUGCUCAAGUAGAGUACCUCAAAACUGCACUGCAUUAAACAUAUUCCACAACUGGACAUUGAGUGCAGAAACAUUAUUGUAGUGGUACUUCUGAGGAACCGGUCAUCAUCACCGAAAGGAUUGACAAAAACAUGUGUAAAAAAGAAACAAUAGAAGCAUGCAGGGAAAGAAAGAGACCUCCUGUGAUGCAGCUGUGUAACGAUGCUGAAGAAUCGUUGGCUUACAUGUCCUGCAACCAGACGGCUGUGCUUUCACAUGUGCACACGGUUUGAAUAUUUUGAUGCAUUUAUGUCUGCAGGUUGCAUUUAUGUCUGCAGGUUGCAUUUAUGUCUGCAGGUUGCAUUUAUGUCUGCAGGUUGCUAGGUGUCUCACACAUUACCAGCGAUUAGCCAUCAGUCCUGGUGCUGUGGCUGAGGUGACAGCCCAGCGAGAGAGCUGCAGGAUGACCCAAACACACACAGCGCGAUAGCAAGCGCGGCUGACCCAGAGGGGAGGCUGGGACGGUGUGAUGGAGGAGGGAGGCUUGCAGCGUGACGCCAAGUUAAACGAUCUCAGAGACGCUGGCUGUCCUCGGGAGGCUAAAUGGCCAUCUGUGAUCCUGCCCACACAGGCUGGCUUAGCUCCCACCUGUAGCCCCUCCCUCAAAACGCUUUUCAUGUGGCCAGAUCGUUUUGGUCAAUUAUUCGAGUUGUCACACAUUUAAAGCGACUGUAAUGUUCACUCACCUAAAGGAUUAUUAGGAACACCAUACUAAUACUGUGUUUGACCCCCUUUUGCCUUCAGAACUGCCUUAAUUCUACGUGGCAUUGAUUCAACAAGGUGCUGAAAGCAUUCUUUAGACAUGUUGGCCCAUAUUGAUAGGAGAACAUCUGGGGGUUGAUGGAGAUUUGUGGGAUGCACAUCCAGGGCAGGAAUCUCCCGUUCCACCACAUCCCAAAGAUGCUCUAUGAGAUUGAGAUCUGGUGACUGUGGGGGCCAUUUUAGUACAGCGAACUCAUUGUCAUGUUCAAGAAACCAAUUUGAAAUGAUUCGAGCUUUGUGACAUGGUGCAUUAUCCUGCUGGAAGUAUCCAUCAGAGGAUGGUACAUGGUGGCCAUAAAGGGAUGGACAUGGUCAGAAACAAUGCUCAGGUAGGCCGUGGCAUUUAAACGAUGCCCAAUUGGCACUAAGGGGCCUAAAGUGGGCCAAGAAAACAUCCCCCACACCAUCACACCACCAGCAGCCUGCACAGUGGUAACACGGCAUGAUGGAUCCAUGUUCUCAUUCUGUUUACUCUACCAUCUGAACGUCUCAACAGAAAUCCAGACUCAUCAGACCAGGCAACAUUUUGGUGAGCUCUUGCAAAUUGUAGCCUCUUUUUUUACUAUUUGUAGUGGAGAUGCGUGGUUUUGCGUGUUGUGGCUUCACAAAUGCUUUGCUGCUCACCUCGGUUGUAACGAGGGGUGAUUUCAGUCAACGUUGCUCUUCUAUCAGCUCGAAUCAGUCGACCCAUGACCUCUGACCUCUAGGAUCAACAAGGCAUUUUCGCCCACAGGACUGCCGCAUACUGGAUGUUUUUCCCUUUUCACGCGAUUCUUUGUAAACCCUAGAAAUGGUUGUGUGUGAAAAUCCCAGUAAAUGAGCAGAUGGUGAAAUACUCAGACACCAACAACCAGGCCACGCUCAAAAUGGCUUAAAUCAGCUUUCAUUCCCAUUCUGACAUUCAGUUUGGAGUUCAGGAGAUUGUCUUCACCAGGACCACACCCCUAAAUGCAUUGAAGCAACUGCCAUGUGAUUGGUUGAUUAGAUAAUUGCAUUGAUGAGAAAUUGAACAGGUGUUCCUAAUAAUCCUUUAGGUGAGUGUAUAUCACAGCAAAAACAAUAUCAAAUCGAAUGCUGGUAGUGAAGAAGUGCUUAAGUAUUCUCAUCUGAAUUAUCUUUGCCAGUGUUGUUGUACAAAGCUCUAAACUCUCCGUACCUGACGUUAGACAGACACCGUUGGCAAACAGAGUUUAGCAUUUAGGACCUAAGGAGGCAGAUAUUUCAUUCAGCACUUGGUGUCGACAAAAAGCAGAGCUGAAAGUUAAUGACUAUUGGACUUCAGGUGGACAAAAAACACAACUGCAAAUGAAUAAUGAAGCAUAAUCGCUAGAUUAUAAACAGCUGAUUGUAACCACGGUCGAGCAAAUCAACUAAAUGAGUGAUGAAAUGUUAUUGUGUUCUCAACAAGAGCAAACCACAGGAAAAUAAAGAUAAAUAAAGAAGUAAUAUGACAUGACAGCUGUUAUUUUGGUCCAAUUCUAAAUGUUUAGUGCAGUUGUUGCAGCACCCUGAAAUGAAGAGAUCAGUACAGUCGAGCUGCUGAAAGACCUUUUCAUCCUUUUAUGAGCCAAAUAGAAAACAAAAGCUGUACUAACAACUCUGAGGUUGUACUAAUAAGCAAACAUA